CGCAGCUCCAACAAACGGCAAGCUUGAAGCCGCGGACGACGACGACGCCGGGAAGCGCACUAUCAAUCGCGAAACAUUGCUUAUCCCGGGACACGACAACCACCGCGGAUAUUUAACAAAAAUGGGUCUCACGUACGGAAUCGGCGGGAUAGGGUCGACCCUGGCGGUCGUGGGAGCUUACAUGCUCUUCACUGGCAGCGGUGAAUCCUUCAAUGUCGGCGCCUUCCUCGAGUCCGUCUCCCCCUACGCGUGGGCAGACUUGGGCAUCGCGCUCUGCAUAGGACUCUCGGUGGUGGGUGCAGCAUGGGGCAUCUUCAUUACCGGCUCGUCCAUUCUCGGCGGAGGCGUCCGGGCGCCGCGGAUCCGAACCAAGAACCUAAUCUCCAUCAUUUUCUGCGAGGUCGUGGCCAUCUACGGAGUCAUCAUGGCCAUCGUGUUUUCGGCCAAGGUCAACCCGUUGGAGGGCGAGGCGGCAUGGUCGCCCGAGGCGUACUAUACAGGUUACGCGCUGUUCUGGGCCGGCAUCACCGUCGGCAUGUGCAACCUCAUCUGCGGCGUUUCUGUCGGUAUCAACGGGAGCGGUGCCGCAUUGGCCGAUGCUGCCGAUCCCUCGCUGUUCGUCAAGAUGCUGGUCAUCGAGAUUUUCAGCUCAGUCCUGGGCCUGUUUGGUCUGAUUAUUGGACUUCUCGUAUCCAACAAGGCGACCGACUUUGGCAGCAGCUCCUAGAGCCCUCCUCCCUAACUCGAAUUAACCCACACACACACACACAUCCGCAUAUCUACGAACAUCUCAAAGUUGAUUUCAGACUGCAGCGACAAGCGUGUCUGUGUAGCGUCAUUAUUAUCACCGGCGUUUC